AUGGAGGACACCAAGUUCAACGACCUCGAUGAUAGCAUUGUCAGCGAUGAGAUCAGGAAUGCCGUGGCCAGCGCCCUCGCCGACGAGACCAACCCCGUCGACGUAUACUUUAGAGCACUCCCCCCGCCAGAGGAACAUGAGCGUUUCCACCUCGGAGACGACGCGACUUUGGAGUAUGCGAACAACAGAUACAACGUCGCCCUCUCCGUGUUUUGGACCUUCGCUCCUUUCUACGGCGUGGACAGGAUCAACUCACAAUGCGAGAGCGACCCAAUACUGGCACGUCUCGUUGAGAUCAUUGAGAAGGCAAUUGAGCCCUUGGAUCUCGACUCUUUUCCAGUCAUCGACGACAAGUAUAUGGACAAUCAUAUGCCGGGCUCGGAAAUGUACCGAGGACUACAAUACCUCGUGUGGGACACUGGAGUCACUGGCGGGACAGCUGAUCUGGCCCCAUACUGCGAGGAAACACAGAACCUGUUGAGGUACCUCAGCUGGAUUGUCCUCGGUCGAAAAGACUCAACCUGCAUGGUAGCAAAGCCAUGGAAGAGCCACAGGCGCCCGCUCCCGGUAGUGGGAUUCGACGGAGACUAUAGAUACCUCCCAUCGACGAGGAAUGCGUCUGGUUUGGACGCCGAGGAUAUUCCGCUCUCGCGCUUGGCUCGCCUAUUCCAGGUCACGUUUAAUCAGUGCCUGGUGUCCAAUACGUACAGCAAAAGGUUCUAUGUUCGAUCGUCCGACGGCAUCAUUUCUGUGAAGCACAACCUCCUGGAAGGUGAUCGUGAUAGGGGGUGGGAAAACAUGGGAAUGAUGCCAGAUGUAGACCUGGGACGGUCAGAGGUGCGGGCAGCACUUCAUAACUCCGCCUGCUGCGUCGUCACAUCUUGGGGAAGCCCCCUCGUGGAGCUUUUUUUCCGCCAAUAUUGUGCCUCCAUCGACGUCCUCCAGUUCCUUAUUAGGAAUGCUGCGACCACUCUGGAGUGCAACACUAUGACGUUGCAGUUCAACAUGCAAGCAACACACACAGUCCUCGUGCUCACAACAGCCAUGGGGCAUAAAUUCGUGCUUGACUCCUCUGGCAGGCAGUUUGGAUGGGUGGAAACCCUGUCCUCAUCGGAAGAGUACAAGCGUUUUAGGAUCGACCAUGAAACGGAUUUCGAGCCGUACAUGCCUCCAGCCCGCCCUGAAAAGCGCGUACGAGAUACGAUGAUCCCAUGCAGGGAACCCGAGUGGACGGAUUGGUGGGAACGCUCAAUAGUGGAAGAUAUCGAGGAGUUAACCAAGACCCACUUGGACACAAACGGCGGCAUUGGCUGCAUCCUUAAGCUUCCGGCUUCUCGGUUUGACAGCCAUUGCUUGAAUUUUGAGGCCAGUCUGGGCGCUGCAAUGCGAGCCCGGGACGACCGCAGAAAAUUUGACCGAUCCUUUCACGUCGUCUGA